UACAGGUAUAUUCAUUGUUACUAGUCAUGGAUCCCGUGUACGGGUGUCUGAUAGAUAUAUUGUCAAAUUUUCAAUUUGACUAAUUGAUAAAUGGAUUAACAUGUGGUGGAAUUAAGAUAAAUAUUGUUGUUUGAAUGUUUUUGAUUCUCAUACAGGUAGGGAGUAGAACAUAUUGGAUUACACUUACGUUUACACCGUUGCCAUCUAGUGUUCUGGUGCUAUAAACUAAUUGAAAAUGACAACCGCUUCAGAGGAAAGAGGAUAUCGCAGACUUUCGUCGAUAUUUCAGGCACCAAUUCUUAACCCCAAAUCAUGCCACAGGUGCAAGGGGUCAGUUUUUCAAGCAGAGAAAAUGGGCCCCGUUCACGACGUUUUAUUUCAUAAGGCAUGUUUCAAAUGUGUGGAUUGUGGCACCCAUCUAAACAUCAAAAAUUAUUUUUCCAACCAGCUUGAAGCCAAUGACCGUGAGAUUUACUGCCAUGCACAUGUUCCUCGUGUUGGUGCAGCGAAGUACGAUAAGAAUGCCCUGGGAAUUAAACAGGCAGUUGACGUUCAGACUAACUACAAAAAACAUUCAAGAAAACUUAAUCCACAGAUAAGAAAAGCCGGAACAAUAAGAAAUCCAAGCUUUGAUUACCAAGCAAUGGCCAUUAGAACAGCAGUGUCGGCACCCAGUACAAGAAAUUCUAAAGUGAUAGACCCAAUCGCAAAUAUUGAUGCCAACGCAUUGCAUAUCAAAGGUGCGAUAGAUGCUCAGCUGUUGACCAGAGGCAACCAAUUACCACAUGACAAACAUCACUUCCCUCCAAAUAUAUACAAGAAGCGACAACGCCUCAUAGAUGCACAGAAGAAAUUAGAAGAAGAACUGAGAAAGGAGGAAGAUGCUGUGAUAGAUGAAAUGAUGAAAAAACGUUCGGAGGAAAAUAAUAAGAUUUCAGAGGAAAUAAAAAAAGAAUGGGAAGUAAGACUCAAAGAGCUGACAGAGAAGUUUGACAGAGAAAUGGGCAAAAAAAGUAAAAAACUUAGAGAUUCCGAGAAAAAGCUAAUGACCGUUAACUUUGAAAACCAGAAAAGGGAAUUGGGAAAUAUAAUAGAAAGGAAAAAGGCAGAAAAGAAACAAAACAUGACAAUACGUGUACGAGAAAAAGAACAAAGGAAGAUGGCGAAUUUGGUUGAAAAACAGAGUCAGCAAAUGUUACAGCUUUUGGCAGCCAAACAAGAAGAAUUAAAACAGGAAGUUGCUCAGGAACUGCCAACAAAUGGUGAUAUUGCUGAACCCGAUGUUAUAGAAAAUGUCAUGGAAGCUUUAAACUUAGAAGUAACAACUACAGAAUUACCACCACCCCACCCACCAAGCUGUAGGAAAAAAGAUCUGUUUUCUGAUGUUAGUGUGUUCAACGAUAUUGACAACCAAGUCAUUCAGGUGGCUAAAGAUGACCAUCUGACAUACACAGACAUGAUGGAGAAAUUGACAGGAAAUCUACCAAAUGACAUCGAUAAAGCAAGGGCAAUCUAUAGAUGGAUAACUGUAAAGGAUUUAAAUAUCAUGGAGUUUGAAGAAGCAAUAGAUUCCAAUACCCCAUUGGGAUUGUUAAAGGGCAUUAAGUUUGGAACAGAAACAUACCAUGUUUUGUUCAUGAGAUUGUGUAGCUAUGCGGGUUUACACUGUAACGAGAUAAAAGGUCAUUCUAAAAGUGUUGGUUAUGAACCCGGUAUGAAAAUCGAACCAGAAAGCUUUCAGAAUACAUGGAAUGCUGUGCUUAUAGAUGGUGAUUGGAGAUUGGUGCAGUGCAACUGGGGUGCUAGACACCUGGUUCUGAACAAGGAUAAGAAAAAAUCAGAUUCUCCAAGAGAAAAAGAGAAGGAGAAAAGAGAAGCAGAGAAAAAAGAGCAAGAAAGAAAGGAAGCCGAAAAGAGGGAACAGGAGAGAAAAGAAGCUGAGAAACAGAAGAAAGAGGGAGCAGAUGAGAACGAUGGAGAAAAUGGGGAUGCGACAGAAAAUGGUAAAGGUGACGAAUCAAAAGUGAACGACACAAUCCGAUAUCAGUAUGACGAGCAUUACUUCCUUACAGAUCCAGAUGAAUUUAUUCAAGAAUUUUGGCCUAAUGACCCAGAUUGGCAAUUAUUGGAGAAACCAAUAACCAAAGAGGAAUUUGAACAGCUUCCCUUUGUCAGAUCCGUAUUCUUUCAUUUUGGGAUGCAUUUUGAUCGAGGACUGAAGGCAGUUAUUGAAACUUCAGACAGAGGAGGAUGUGAUGUAAGACUUAAGGUCAAUGAAAAACUUGAAAAUGAUAUUGUAUUUUUCUACCAGCUACGCUUUGCGGACAAGGAACGUCGUCACGAAGCUGGUUACCGGGGUGCUUACUUAGAACGGUUUGUAUACAUGACAAUGAUUGAUAACACUGUCAUGUUUAGUGUGCAUGUACCAACGCCAGGCGAAUACUUCUUUGAAGUGUUUGCCAAUCGACUUGAUGAAGCAGAAGAUACAAAAGGAACUGCCUCCGAUGGUGUAGUAUCAUCAUUCAGGUUGAAGUGUGCUUGUAAAUUUAAGAUCGUUUGCAAAACUCUUGUUGGCAAAAUGCAUCCAUUACCGGAAUGUGCUGCAGGUGAAUGGGGUCCAAAAAAGGGAAAACGGCAUUUUGGAAUUAAAGCUAUUUCAGUUAAGCAUCAAGACAAAGAUCAUGAAACUAUUUCAGACGACUCCAGUGAAACAACAUCUUUAAAAUCAGAUACAGAAGUAAUUGAUACUCAAUUAAAAGAUACACCAGAUAAUCCAAAGGGUGGAAUUGUUAAUGUCAAUGAAACAGUGGAUUUAGUGUUUAAGUUGACAAAACCAUUACAAUUUGUAAUAAAGUUGAGGAUGAACUCAGUCGACAGUAAGGCUUUGGACCCCUUCGUACACCACACAGUAGAGAAUCGCACAACGUUGAGAAUUACAGUAUCACCGCCACAAACUGGACAGUAUGGAAUUGAUGUGUAUGCUAGACCGCUUGAUUCUCACGACAAAAAACUUUCACAUGCAUUUAAAUAUCUCCUGAAUUGUUUGAAGGUGACGGAACCGGUGGACAUUCCAAAGAUUAGACCGAAAACAACCACGAAACGUGAUUCGCAAUGGGGGCCGUCACCUAUGUUUGAAGAGCUUGGAAUGAGAACUGUUUCUCAUACCGAUGCAAAAAUAGAGUGUUCAGAAUCAAAUCAAAUUACAAUUGAAUUGUUUGUUCCACGAUCAGUUUCCGUUUCUCAUCAGUUUCUUAGAGAACCUGGAGGUGAUAUUCGUGAUCAAGUGGCAAUGGCAAGACAAGAAUCAAAUCCAGAGAAAACUUUGUUUAAGGUCAAUCUCCCUGAAACUGGCAAUUACAUGUUGGCAAUAUACGCUCGCCUAAGGGAUGGAGAAACGAGGAAUCUCUCAAACGUUUAUAAUUAUCUUAUUGUGUAUAGAAAAUCUGCUGUUCCUGAAACUGUGCCUUUGGCAAAACCUGGAGAUAGGAAGUCGUCUGGUAGUUCUAUAUUCAGAAAGGGAUUGUUCAAGAAAAGUGAAAAAGACAAGCAAAAAUAAUAAACAAAUAACAUUUAUAUCAGAAUAAUUCUAUACACAGUAACACUUUUACUCAAACCGGGUUUUUAUAUAUUAUUUAUACUUUUAUACCAACUGCCAUUCGAAUGCAAUGUUUCAUACUAUAGGGAAAAGUGCUAUGCAUUAUUAGAUAUACCUUUGCAAUGUAUCAGAUAAUGCCUGUGUGGAAUAGCUUUUAUCUAUCAUGUAUGCAGGGUAAAGUUUCAGGGUUUCAUCGACAGAUUAUAAUCAUGUUUUGUUGGAAGUUGUUUUAUCUUUUAAGUGAACACACCUAUGAUUUCAGAAGUAUUCAGAUGAAAACCAAACGUCCAAUGUUCAUCAGGAAAGGUCAAAAAUAACAAUUUGCAAUGAUUAUAAAAGCAUUGCAUCAUUUCAAGACAUGCAUUGUCAUAAAAGGAAUUUAUAACUACCUAUAUAUGAAUUUACUGCAAAGUGCAAUUAAGUGUUUGAUGUUCUCGUUAAUUGAUAUUAGAAUUGAAUAUAAUGCUGAAAAGACUUAUACACCCUCUCUAUAAUCUAUUGCUUUUUUGUUUUGUUUUGUUUAUAAAUAAUAAUGUGUUUCUUUUAAAUAUUUUGACGACAGUAAAAGUUUUUGUUAACUAGAUUGAAAACUUUGAUUGCAACAAGGACACGUAUUUCCAAAGAUUACUUUCGUUAUCAUUUCAAAGUUUCAUGAUUUCCCUCAUAGUUAGAAGAAAGUAGUUUUAAAGAAAACAAUGAAUUUAGUUAUAAAAUUGCCUGACAUUUCAGUUUUAAUUAAAGUUAAUAGACACUGUCAGUGAUAGAAAAUGUAGUUGAUUUGCAAAAAUUAAAAGUAGUUAAAGAUUAUUACGAAAGAAUUCAAAAAGUUUAUUGAUAUGCAUAAUAAUUAAUUGAUUUGUAAAAUGGUUCGUACAGUUUGUAUCAACUUUGUUAAAUAUCAACUUGUAUCCAAAUGAAUGUAACAGAUUUACAUGUGUUACUUGUUUGAUAAUGUUAAUGUUGUAACAAAUGCAAACGCUUUAAUAAUAUUUUUUUGUCAAUUGCAUUUAAUUUAUGAUAUUAAUAUAUUGCGUUUAUUUUAAACAAAUUUUGAACAUUUCACAUUUGUGAUUUGUUUGUUAAUGUUAAAUUUAUCAGAUAUUUUACGUCUAAUUUUGUUAUAAUGACAUCGUAUAAUAUAUGGUAUUGUUCCUUAUUUGGUGCGUAUCUUUAUAGUUUGUACUAUCUACCCUAAUGAUAUUCUGGAUGCAUUGAACCAUUAAACAUAUAACCUA